AUGUCGGUCCCGGGGCUGCGGAACCCCGAGGAUUCGCCCCCGCCGGGGGGAUGUGGGAUCCCCCACGGACGUGUCACCACCCCGGCACCCCCCGCGACAGGAGAAACACCCCGUUCUCCUCCACUGAACCCUUACUGGGCCAACUGUUGGUGUGGGGUCGGCGUUGCUGGAGCUGAAGACAUCUGCUCCCAGGGUGAGGAGCCACCGCCCAAGCUCCUGCCCUCAGCUGCGCCCAGCGGGGCUCGGAGCCCGUCCUGCCCAGCCCUGCGAAGAAGAAGGUGCCGAAGGCAGGUGGGUGACGGGAAGGGGCUGCUCCGGCGCUUUGAGCCGUUACUGCUGAAGAAGAGGCUCCUUGAAGAACAUCGCGAGUGGCCUGUGGACUUAAAUACUAUCUAUUCCUUCCUUCAUGGACUGGACAUACUCUCACAUUUCAGGGAACAUCAGCUAAGAAUAAUGUCAUCAAGUGCCCGCUAUGAGAGGUACAAGGGCAACCAAGUUCUCUUUUGCUCAGAAACUAUUGCAAGAUGCUGGUAUAUACUGCUUUCUGGAUCUGUGCUCAUGAAGGAUUCCAUGUUUUUACCACCUUGCAGCUUUGGCAAGCAGUCUGGAGGAAAACGAGGAUGCGAAUGUAUCAUAUUGGAGCCUUCAGAAAUGAUUGUGGUGGAGAACUCCAAAGACAAUGAGGAAAGCAUCUUGCAAAGAGAAGUCCCGCUCAGGCAGUCCCGACGGAGGUUUAGGAAGAUCAACCAGAGGGGCGAGCGUCAGACCAUCACGGACAACGUGGAUUCCAGCAGCUACCUGUCGUUAUGAUGGACAAGAGUAUAAAGAAGAAACUUUAAUAUCCAGGGUGUGGGAUUCCCGGAUCGCCUAAGAUGCUGAAGAACAUUUGCAAAAUUUCAUCACGAUACGAAUGUGAAGUUUCUGAAAAGUGGACCUGAAGAUAAGCUGCUCCUAAAUGCAUUUUAGUGAAGAGGAAAAAAAAGGAAUUUGAAGAAUUCAUAUCUCACCUUUUUAUGUAUUGUUGCUUUAACCUGCAGUUCUAAUCCGUUUUAGAAUUAAUGCAAUUUUAGCAGCACUUUGUGGGUGCCUCUUGCCUGAGGGAACGUAUGGAUAUUUGUAUUUGAAAAGCUAGGAAACAUUUUGAUUUGAAUUUAUGUGCUUGUUAAAACUGGGACAUUUUUAUAGGAAUUGCUGCUGCUAACUCACUGCAAUACUGAAAACUCCUCAGAUACAGUGGAAGCUGUAAUUGAAUUCAGUGUGAAAUUCAAGCCUGAGAAGUUGCAUACAUGUACAUUUGCUGCUUUGGUUUAUGAUUUUUAAAGAGAAUCCAGAAGGGAUUUUACUCCAUCUUUUUCUUCUGUGGCUUUUAUUUGAGAAAGGAAACUUUUUUUUCCCCCCCAGCCUAAGAAAUGGCUUUUCUUGUUCGAUGUUAUGCCAACUGCCUGCAGCCCUGGGCCUCCAAAGUAAGUAAGAUUUUUGUCUGUGCUGCAUUUCUCUGACAUGUAUUGACAACCGUGGUGCUAUUUGAACAUUUGCUUCCCAAAGCCUGAGUGCUGCUCGGGUGAGAUGCUGGAAUCCUGGCUGUGCAUGGACUGUUCUUGUAGAAUCAUUUCUCAACGGGAGCGGGGGGGGGAAGCUUGAAAU